GAUGUGGGCCUCUGCUUAUCUGGCCUCGCGCGUUUAGCAGCCAGCCUUCCGCCCCAGUCAGCUGAAGCUGCGGCGCUGGUUUCACAAGUGAUCGGUCCAAAUGCUGAAGGCUUGCUAAGCCAAUGUCAAGAUGAAGAGCUUGUGUGGUUGGAGGUUGCUGGACCUUUGCUGCGCCUGGAAGGGCAGGAGGCCUGGGCCAGCCUCCUGCGACAGCUUGC